AAAGCUGAUACAUUUUUUGCCACACAUGAUUCAAAUCAGUCCAGCAGCAAAUUGUUGUUGUUUGCUGUACUCGUAGAUUUACUCGAAGAUUUACUUAUAGCUUACGCGAAGUUUCAUCAUUUUGAAUUUGAAAACGAAAAGGAAGAAGAGUGUUUUGUCAACCGAUAAAAUCAUUGUAUAUUUGAAUAUGGAGGACGACGAUUGCUUUAUCCAAAAUUUAAUAGAUAGUGUGGAAAAAAAGAAAUGUUUGUACGUUAAAAGAGAUGCAUUUUAUUUCAAUCGUACAAAUAAAGACAAAGUGUGGAAAGCAAUCGCAGAACUAUGCGGUAAAAGUGAUCUAGAAUGCAAACAUAGAUGGAAGCUACUCCGGGAGCGCUUCUGCAAAGAGAUAAAAAGGUUAGAAGCUCCAUCAGGUAGCGGAAUGAGCUACUUAGAGGAAUGGCGUUUUUUAAAACCCAUGAUGUUUCUGAAAGACUCCGUCACACUGCGUCGGUAGGUACUUUGUAUAAAUUUUAAUGUUUUUAAAUAUAACUUUUUCAUUGUACAGC